AUGACUAUCUUUCUAUUACUAAUUGGAAUCUUACAGACUCCAGCAGACAAAAACCCACUGGUAGCAUGGGCACAAGUUGGUUACAUCUUUGAAUGGGCUGUAUCAUUUGAUUUGACUCUUGCACCCUUAGCGUACACCAUUUUGGGUGAGGUUUCCAGUACCAGGUUAAGAUCCCAGUCGAUUGCAAUUGGAAGAAAUGCCUACACUCUCUGCCAGUUGACUGCUCAGGUGGUACAGCCAUAUUUCAUGAAUCCUGGUCAUCUGGGAUUGAAAGGAAGGACAGGUUUCAUUUGGUUCGGAACCAGUUUUCCCACUCUCAUAUGGGCAAUUUUCCGUCUACCAGAAACCAAAGACCGCACCUACGAGGAGUUGGAUAUCCUUUUUGAGAGAGAAGUGCUACUUACCAAGUUUGCUAGUUACAAACUUGAUAUUAAUGAUGAAAUGAAAUGUUGA